UCUCUCUCUCUCUCUCUCUCUCUCCAGCCCAACGCGGUGAGGCAAAUGUGGCGGAUCAGCCGCACCACCAGCGCGCAGUACGUCGGCGGCGUUACCUGCGACCGCCUUGUUAUUGGCCGCCAGGGGCACUGCCGCGCGGCCUUGCAGAAGCUUGUCGGAGAUGAAUACCUUUGGCGGGCCAGGGGAGAGAGAAAGGGAGCACAUUCAUCCGCCCAUGCUAGGUUAGGCGACAUGGGCGCGAAAGGGGCAAUCUCCAAACAAUCUCGAUGAUACUAUCUACUAUACCAGUAUACCACUAUCUACCUAUCUAUACCUGUUAUGAUUUACCUUUCCAACACGCUCCGGGGUCCCUCGGCUUUCCUUUUGGUUGGCUUUGCGUUUUGCCUAAAUUCUGACUGGCCAACUGCAGGCCCAGCGCAACUAAAACGAACUUGUUGAAAUGAACAUGGCACGUGCGUGCCGCUGCAGGGCCCUAGGGCCAUGUCCUUCCUGGGUCACGGUCUCGCCCACUGGCUGUGGACCGUUGUCUAUUUUAAAAGUAUUAUUAUGAUGAUUAUUAUUACUACUACAAUCUCCGGAGUAGGUCUUAUUGUUAUUAUUAUUAUUCUCUUUCUGUUGGUUUUCCCUAGUUGCUCCGCAGAUAAUCUGCCGGAAUAUUACCGCGUCUCUUGUUUUCCGGCGUUUCUUUCCCCCCUGAUCACCGCGUGGUGCCAAGGAAUAAUCAAAAGGGCUUCUUCUGGGACCCAGGGGAUACUCUUAACUGAUUAAGUACGUAGUAGACUCUGCGGUUCUGGGGAACGAGUGAUGACCUUCUGGAAUCGUUCCACUGGGACUUGGACUACAUACAUUACUGGGAUUGGGUCCCUAUCCGAACAAUCAUAGGCUACAAGCUUCUGGUAUCCAUGUCGCCGGCGUCAACGGAGGGACAUUAAGGUUUUGCACACCCGAAGGCGCUCAACUUCGAAGAAGGCAAAUGGCGCACACGCUGUGGCUGCUGCAAGCCCAGGGCGCGCCAGAGCAGUGGCGGUGACGACGAGAGCUGGGACUCUGGGAGAUUCAUCAAAAUAAUAAUGAUAAUAAUACUAAAUAAAU